GCGCCUCACUGGCUUGGCAUUCAGUCGCGUCUUGGCCACCACAGAGGAAGCUGCAGGUUCUUCACACACUCCCCAGUUAACGAAAUCUGCAAGUGGCAAAGAUGUUUGGUGCGAUUCCUGGGCUGAUGUUCGCCCUGAUGUCGCUAGACGCGGCCGACAGCUUCAAAACAUUUCAUUCCGAGCUUGAAGUUUCUCGAAACUUGCAGGAAACAGAAAACGGGCACAGGCUGUCAGUGACGUCACAUCCUUCCCGAGUGUUAUCGCGGAGCGGCGGCAACGUCACCUUACCCUGCACCAUCCACCGGGACCAGUCGCUGGAGCCCAAUCGAAAGAUGAGGAUCAAGUGGACCAAGCUGACUUUCGACUUGCUGACAGAGGUGGAUGUUUUGGCGGUCAUGGAUUAUCACAAGAGAAGCUAUGGAAGUUACCACGGCCGCGUGCACCUGUGUGGCUCCUCCCCCUCGGACGCCUCGCUGGUUAUCGAAGACAUCACCCUGGAUGAUUACGGGAGAUACAAAUGUGAGGUCAUCGACGGCCUGGAGGACGCCACGGUGGUCGUGUCGCUCGACCUGGAAGGGGUGGUGUUCCCGUACUCGCCCCGCUUGGGGCGCUACAACUUCAACUUCCAGGACGCCGAGCGGGCCUGCCGGGAGCAGGACGGCGUGGUGGCGUCCCCGCAGCAGCUGCGCGAGGCCUGGCGAGGGGGCAUGGACUGGUGCAACGCCGGCUGGCUGAGCGACGGUUCCGUGCAGUACCCCAUUACCUCCCCCAGGGAGCCCUGCGGUGGCCAGAACACACCGGCGGGCGUGCGCACCUACGGCCUGAGGAACAAAAACACGAACCACUACGACGUCUUCUGCUUCACGUCGCACUACAAUGGUCAUUUCUACUUCCUGCCGCACGUGACCAAGUUGACGUACGACGAGGCAGCGGCGGCGUGCAAGCGGGACGGGGCCCGAAUGGCCACGGUGGGCCACAUGUACGCCGCCUGGAAGUUGUCCGGCUAUGACCGCUGCGACGCCGGCUGGCUGGCCGACGGCAGCGUCCGUUACCCCGUCGCUAGGCCCCGCCCACGCUGCAGCCCCACCCGUCCUGCCGUCGGCUUUCUAGGAUUCCCAGACAAGAAGCACAAAUUGUACGGCGUUUACUGUUUCGGGCCCGCACGCUGAGCGCCCAUCCAACGCAAACACACACACAUAACACUAGCCGAUUUUCGAUGACUAUUUCGUCGACCAAAACACAACACAAUUUUCUGUGUAACAGCAAAUCUAAAACGAACGCGCCACAUUUAGCUCCAAAAUCCAAUGUCCAAAAGAUGUCUGGUCCUGGGUGGGUUACACACACACACACACACACACACACACAAAAGAAUUACAAAAAACUCGUAUACAAAACUCACAUGCUCAAAAGCACAAUAUACGCGCAGCCAUGACUCAUAUGACACAAAACAACCACAAAGUAAACACACAAAUAAAAGCAACGACCAACACUCUCACGACACAAGAUACACACGUGCGAGACAAAAAAACAAAAAACAAAACAAAACAGGAGCACGUUGGCUUUCUCGCAACUCUUCCUCUUGGGCACUUACCUGCUUGGAGUCAAAUGCCACAAGAACAGUUACAUUCUCUUUAUUUUCCCCUUUCAUUGUGUGUUGUUGUUACUUCAGGUACAACGAUGUCAUGUUUCUCUCUUAUUUAUGCUAAUUUUUUGGAUACAUGUUAGAAUGUAGUAAUGUUUUCUUCGUUUUAAUGUCCAUAUGCUGUUUUUGUCAUUUUUUGGGUUGUGACGAAGCGUCCGGAGGGAACAAAAGUCUGUUAGGACUUUCUUCGGAAUAAAGAUGCAAGCGGGA